GCUGGUCACUUCGGCAGGUGCGUCGACCUUGUCCGCGACCGGGGCGUCGGCAACCGCGUCCGACAUGGUUAGAGAAGUUGUGCGUAUAGAGUAUACAGCAGUGUGCGGCUAGAAUAGAUCGUCAACGGUAGGGACUUUCUUGUCAGAUAUGUGCAAGACAAUGAGUGAGAAGCUCGAAGAAGAAGGUUUUGGGAUGAUGCCGAGUUUUGACGCAGCGGGAAAGGUGAGUGAGUUGAGACGAGCGAGCGGGUGGGGAAGCUUUGACCCACGCCGAACAAUUUUGUGGCUAUUUUACGGGGAUGAUCCCUGCGCGCGGAAAAACAACGGAGCGGAGGGUGCCGACCACCUGCGACAACAAUCUCUGAGCGAAUGGAUAGUCAAGGGAUUGCGCGCAGUCAGCAGCAUCCAUUGAUUGCAUUGAUCGACCGCUGCCCGCCAUGAGGAAGAAGCCGAGAUUUCACUCGCUGAAGAAGCUAAAAGUCAGGCAGGAUUGGUCAAGAUGGUCACUGUACAGUCUCUCACAAUUGAAGCCGCCGAAUACGGCGAUGCGCACAUACUUUCAACAGAAGUGGACAGCCAAAUCGGAUACGCGUGCGUACCACGGCGAGCAGAUUCGGGAGAAGAAAUGGAAGCGGUUGUUUAAAAGGAGCAUCCCAGCGGUUGUUCCCAUGGAUCACAGAUAUCUGGCGAGAUACGACGGAUCGGAGCAGGCUUCUGGAAGAGGGGCUGGGCUAGAUACGGAGGAAUCUCAGCGGACGCCCCCAAUGACACCGUACAUGCAGAUGACAUACUAUCCGAUCGAGAGGCGGUUGGAUACAGCCAUCUUCCGGUCACUCUUUGCGAGCAGCGUAAGGCAGGCGCGUCAAUUCGUCGUGCACGGUCUUGUCAAAGUCAAUGGAAAGAAGAUGCCAUAUCCUGGAUACAUGCUCAAUCCCGGAGACAUGUUCCAAGUGGAGCCUGAAUCGGUCAUGUUUGCUACGGGUGCUCCCAAGACCCGUAGCGCGUUUGCUCGUCGUAUCGCGGCUGAGAAGAAAGCCGCGCUUGGUGAUACUCGCUCCAACAAGCCGGCGGAUGACGACGAACAUGACCCUACUAUUGCUCAACUUGCGGCUCAGAUACCCCGGGACGAGCCCACAGCCGCCGACCUCAAGAAGCAUAUGCAGGAGCUGAUGGCUAGCGUCGACGAAGUCUUAGCUACAGAGGUCAAGGCGAAGGACAAGCAAAAAUUCAGAGAGUUUAGGCAGUCCGUUAAGAAGGCUAUUGCGUUGUGGAAAAAGGCAAACCCCGAGACAGUCUCGACCCUCGAUGCUCAGUUCGACUUCUUGAAGAAGCAACUGGCCGAGAAGAUGGACAAGGACGUCGGCAAGAGCGAAGAUGUCGGCAUGUCGGCCGAGGACCAGGAGAAGCUCAAGAAGGCCUUUGAGAAGCUAAAGGAGAAGGCCGAGUACGAGGCAACGUGGAACAAGAAAGAUUCUAGCAAGCCAUAUGCGACGCCGUGGCGGCCGAGGGACUACAUGUCUGCAUUUGCCUUCAUUCCGCGGUACCUCGAGGUCAACCAGAAUAUCUGCGCGGCUGUAUACCUGAGGCAUCCAGUCGCCAGACCCGGGUUGGCCGAGGUGCCCACGCCCUUUAGCUACGAGACGGGUCAGCUGGCCUUCAACUGGUAUUUGCGGAGACGAUAGGUUGAUCUAGGAGCAUGGAGUAGAUGUACGAUCAUAGCGUAGCCGCUUUCAGAACUGGACGCAUUGUGUAGUAUGUGUAGAUAUAUGGCUGCGACCUGCAGGCAUUUUGGAUGGUGCUUGGUCAUUGAUUGGUUUGAAGUCCUUUGCUCCUUUGAUACUAUUAGGGUACAUGCUCGCUUCUCCAACCUGUGUACUAUACAAUACA